AUGGAUCGCCUGUCACUGCAUUGUGAGCGUGCAGACUGUGGUGCAAUUCAAGCAUUCCCUGGAGAUGUGACAUAUUUUGAACUCAUGGGAAUUGGAGAGGAUGAUGGAACACGUAAUCAACCUACAUAUGACAUUGAUAUGGGCGAAUUACGCCGUAAUUUCUUGACACUUCAACAGCGCGUACAUCCAGACGGUUAUUCUCAGAAAGACCAGAAAGAGUACGCAUACGCACAGCAGCAGUCAUCGAUGAUAAACAAGGCCUACCAAACAUUACGAGAUCCUAUCGAAAGGUCAUUAUACAUGCUAGAAUUGAAUAAUGUUACGAUUGAUGAAGCUGAAUCGGUAGACGAUCCUGAGCUACUUAUGGAAGUUUUAGAAGCACGAGAACAGUUGGAGGGCGCCAGUAAUGAAGACGAGGCAAAAGUCGUGCAAGAUGGGAGCGAAGCACGAAUGAAUUCUUUGGUCGAGGACAUUUCUAAAGCGUUCAAAAACAAAGAUUAUCCUCUCGCCAAAAAACUCACUAUUCAAUUACGGUAUUGGAAUAACAUAAGGAACGCGGCUAGAUAUUGA